AAAUCCAUCGUUACCAUUCGUCGUGAACUGUUCGAUAGCCGCAGAUCAAAACACCAACCACCAAUCACCAUGAAAUUCCUGAUUGUCUUCGUCGCCCUCUUCGCCCUGGCUCUGGCCGCUCCUGCUGAUAAGGAUGUUUCAAUCGUGAAAUCGAAUUCUGAUGUUGGACCCGAAAGCUUCAAAUACGACUGGGAGACUAGCGAUGGCCAGUCGGCUCAGGCCGCUGGUCAGCUGAAGAACAUUGGAUCCGAAGACGAGGCCAUCUCCGUCCAGGGCUCCUACAAGUUCGUGGGUGAUGAUGGUGUGACCUACGAGGUCACCUACAUCGCCGAUGAGAACGGAUUCCAGCCCCAGGGUGCCCAUCUGCCCGUUGCCCCCGAGGCCUAAGUUGAGUUGCAUUUAUCGAAAGCAGCUUAAGAGCAAAUCAAUCCUAUACAAUUCCUUGUUAUUUUCCCAAAAAUUCCCUGCUUCCGGUUUCUCUUUUGUUUUGGAGAGAAAGUUUCCUAAGUCACAGAACCCAAAUUGUUGAACAUUAAAAAAUGAAGAAUAUAUA